UGGGGUGGUCCCGGUGCGGUUUGUUCCCCGGCAGAGCUCGCUGACCGAACCCUGGGUUACCGUUCUAAACCUGGUUGCCCACGCCAACUAUACCUUCCGUAUCCUUGCGAUGAAUGCCGUGACUCACCUAAGCAAUGAGCCAGCGCCCUUCAUAUCUGUCAACAUCACCACGAACCAGGCAGCCCCUUCCCAGGUGAUCGCCAUUCGCCAGGAGAACGCCAGUCAGAACAGCGUCACUCUGCAGUGGCACGAGCCUGACCAGCCCAAUGGAGUCAUACUAGAGUAUGACAUCAAAUACUAUGAGAAGGAUAAGGAGCAGCAAAGUUAUUCCACCCUGAAGGCUAAGGGGACCACGGCCCUGGUGUCUGGCCUGAAGCCUGGUACCAGGUACAUUUUUCAGGUCCGGGCCAGAACCUCAGCAGGCUGCGGACGCUUCAGCCAGAAUGUGGAGAUCCAGACCGGGAAAGCAAUUCCUCUGCGCCACGACACUAUGACUAUCAUUGGAUCUGUAUGGCGCUGGUCUCCUGGGCCUGGUCACCUUCCUGGCCAUCGUCAUCUGCGGAAACGGCAAGGCAACCCUUUCUUACACUACACCACUACCCGUGAUGUGGAUGAGUCCUCUCUGACUCUACGUCACUCAUAUACACACUGUGGCUAUAGCAAGGCCUUCCAGGACUCUGAUGAGGAGAAGAUGCACUACCAGAAUGGCCAUGUGUCAUUCCCCGACGUGCGAUUCUACAUCGACCCACACACCUACGAGGACCCUUGCCAGGCCGUCCACGAGUUCGCCCGAGAAAUUGAAGCUUCCAGGAUCAGAAUAGAGAAAAUCAUUGGGUCAGGUGAGUUUGGGGAGGUGUGUUACGGGCAGAUGCGUCUCCCAGGGAAGAGAGACAUUCCGGUGGCUUUGAAGACACUGAAAGCAGGAUACAGUGACAAGCAGAGGAGGGACUUCCUGGCUGAGGCAUCAAUCAUGGCCCAGUUUGACCACCCUAACGUCAUUCACCUGGAGGGAGUGGUCACACGCAUUACUCCUGUAUAGUUACUCACUGAGUACAUGGAGAAUGGAUCUCUGGACUCUUUCCUGAGGAAACAUGAUGGUCAGUUCACUAUAAUCCAGCUGGUGGGCGUGAUGCGUGGCAUCGCGGCGGGUAUGACCUACCUGGCAGACCUAGGCUACAUCCAUCGUGACCUGGCAGCUCGUAACAUUCUGGUCAACAGCAACAUGGUGUGUAAGGUGUCUGACUUCGGCCUGUCCAGAGUCCUGGAGGACGAUCCUGAUGCAGCAUACACCACCAGCGGUGGUAAGAUUCCAAUCCGCUGGACAGCACCGGAGGCCAUUGCCUACAGGAAGUUCUCCUCUUCCAGUGACGUGUGGAGCUAUGGCGUGGUCAUGUGGGAGGUCAUGUCAUAUGGGGAGAGGCCAUACUGGAACCUCACCAACAGAGAUGUGAUAAAGUCAGUAGAGGAGGGCUACAGGCUACCUGCUCCUAUGGGCUGUUCAGGUGCUCUACACACUCUCAUGCUGGACUGCUGGCAGAACGACCGCAACGAGAGGCCCCGGUUCUGCCAGAUCGUUACAGUUUUAGACAAGCUGAUCCGGAACCCAGAGCACCUCAAGUCCAUGGACACGCUGUGCAGGUUAGGCACACCUCCCAUGAUGGACAGAAGUAUCCCAGACUUCAGCAGCUGUAGUUCUGUGGAUGAGUGGCUGGACACCAUCAAGAUGGGCCGAUACAAAGACCAUUUUGCUGCAGGAGGCUACCUGACCCUAGGCCACGUCAUAGGCAUGAACCAAGGGGAUAUCCACAGGCUGGGGGUGACACUGAUGGGCCACCAGAAGAAGAUCAUGACCAGUGUACAGCUGAUGCGUGUCCAGGUGCUCAACAGAAGUGUGCCCUCGGUGCACGUAUAACUUCAGCCUCAAGGCUUCUCCAGCCAGACGAUUUUCAAAUCUAGGCCCAGGCUUCUGAGGCCUAGUCGGAACUCAUGGGAAUUGAUCUAUGACUAUCAGAGAAACUACAAUGUCCAGGUGACAAUUUGGUUAACUUUUCAAGACUUCUUCUUUGAGAGUUUGAAACUUCAAGAGUACGGAUAUGAAGGGACUUGAGUACCAUAGCCUUUGUUUUUCCUAUUCAGAUAUGUUUCAUGUCUUGUUUGUAAAAAUGUAUGGACUGCCUUAAUCUCCACAAAUGAUUUAAAUGUUGUUGUAUACAAAGAGAGAUUCUAUUCAUAUUAAUGUAUCAGUUAAGUAUACGUUACAAUGGAUCUGAGUGAUAGCCUAGCAUACAGUAAGCGAGAGACUGGCAGGGGCUGGAGCACUGAGCUGUGUCCCCCAGCACACAGCUUCUCCUAUGGUUCCCCUGAGAACCGGCCCCAGACCCCUGUCCACUUACAUGGCACAAGAAGACCCUGGAUCUGAACCUGACAGUGGACAAACAGCAACAACCUAGUUGACUCACCAGAAAUUCCAAGUCUCCUCCACUGAGAAGGAGGCCAGUUCCAACUUGGCUAUGAAAGACUGUACGGAGUCACAAUCUCACACAGUAAACGUUCGAAGGACCCUAGGAGAGAAGCACUGUGUUCUCUCCCUGGUACAGCUGCGUAGCUCACAACUACUGUAGAACAGAUGGAUGGAUGAUGACUCAUUGUGAUUAUAGUGUUUUGACUCUGUGGUGGUAAGGACAAAACAAGGAAUAGGGAAAGUGCUGUAUGUGGAAUGUUUUUAUCUAUAUACUCUGAAAACAAUAUUAUUGACGGUCCUAGUUCCACUGUGCAAUCAAGAGAAUGGUUUUCUAAUGCACCUAUGUUUGAUUUCCUGAAUAAGUGGUCUAUGUCUCUUUUUAUUAGAGAAGAAGCUCAUUAUAUUCCCUGAAUAUGCAUUGUUUAACUAUGGUGACAUUUCAAUAAUGUUUCCAGAUUUUUCUCCUGAGACACUUUUUUUUUUAAACACUGGACUUCAAUAGAAAUUCCAUAUUUUAUGAAAGUAUGUUUUAUUAGAUCUAUCAAUUGACAAACAACCUUCAGUUUUCUAUACCAGUACAUACCUACGGUCACUAGAACUGUUUUCUAUACCAGUACAUACCUAUGGUCACUACAACUGUUUUCUAUACCAGUACAUACCUACGGUCACUACAACAGGAUGUACUAACCUCUGUCUGAAAUUAGGGGCUCUAGUCAAUCAGUAUCGCUGAAUCGUUACAGAUUGCUCAAUAGAUAUUUUAAGGUAAUUUCCGAUUAAGACGAAAAAUGCAGUGUUUAACGUGAAUGUUGUCUCCACUAACGCAGGAACAUUGCCUUUAAAUUUCAAUCAUGCUGUAACGCUGAACUUCCGGAAUACAGAUUAAAUAGAGCCCUAGGUCUAUUUGCUCUCAAACAAAAUUCAAGCUUUUUGCAAAGAUUGAUGGAUCAUCCUUGUUUGUCAUGUUGAAUCAUAUAAUACAAAUAGUGACUGAAAAAGCAAUACCCCUCUGUAUGCACGGCUCAGUGCUGAGUCCACUGCCAUGAUUCACCUGGGAAUAAAUAAAAUGGGUUUAACACAACU